AUGCACGUCGCUGCAAAACGUGACGAUUCCGGAGUCGGUGACAAGCAUAGGCGACUGGGCAUUCCAGGGCUGUGCGGAUACCAAAUCGAUCAUCCCCAGCUCUUCACCAGCAUCGGUGGCUGGGCGUUCGCUCGCGCCUCCUCGCUCACCUCCAUCUCCAUUCCGGCGUCUGUGCAGAGUGUGGGAGACUACGCCUUCAAGGGUAUCGGGGACGGCACGUUUGAGGCGUGCUCCUCACUCACAAGCUUCGACAUCCCCGAUUCCGUCACCGUGAUCGGAUCUUACGCCUUUUCGCGCUGCACGUCGAUCAAGUCGGUCACAAUCCCGACCUCCGUGACAGCGAUCGGCGACGGUGCCUUCGCGGGGUGUCCACUGCUCACAGGCGUCUCUGUCCCGUCGUCGGUGACUGCGCUCGGAGACCAGGCGUUUGCCACCGAGGCGCAGAGGUGGCGGAAAGCGCCAUCCGCGUCAAAGAGAUCAAAGGUGGCCGCCGGCAACUCGGCGGGCACGAGCAUCGGCAACGCCUCCUGA